UUUCCCCCAAUUAAAAAAAAAAAACUCCCAUUCUUCGUUUUCCAUCACCAGAUUCCCCUUUUUUCUUCACUUCUCCGCUCCCCUACCUCUCUCUAGAAUGGAUCGCGUUGUAUCUGAAGCGGCGACGCCAUUGCUGCACUCUUCAAGCUCCRACAGCAGCAGCAGCAGCAGCGACGCCGAGGCGCAGAGUCCAGCGAUCUCUUGUAGAUUCGAUUUCGAGGACCUCAGGUUAAAAUCGUACGAUUAUCUCUGCAAAUCCCCAUCUGGGUUUCACUCGUACCGGCCGCUGGCGGUUCUCUCCGGCCACAUUGGGUCUGUUUCUUGCUUGGCCCUGUGUGGCGAGUUCAUCCUCAGCGCGUCGCAGGGGAAGGACAUAAUCGUGUGGCAGCAGCCGGAUUUGAGGGUUUUCACCCGAUUCGGGCACGGUGAGGGCUCGGUGAAGGCGGUGGUCGCCGUCGGGAGCCGAGUUUUCACGGCCCACCAGGACGGCAAAAUUAGAGUGUGGAAGGUUUCACGGCGGUCGGAGAACAUUUUCCGCCUCACAAACUCGCUUCCGACGACCAAGGACUAUUUGGGCAAAUUCAUGAAACAGAGCAAUUACGUCCAAACGAGGAGGCACCACAAAAUCCUCUGGAUUGAACACGCCGACACCAUUUCUUGCUUGGCAGUCCAUAAUGGGCUCAUUUACUCCGGCUCUUGGGACAAAACCCUAAAAGUUUGGAGGGUUUCCGAUCUGAAAUGCUUAGAAUCCAUCAAAGCCCAUGAUGAUGCCAUUAAUGGGGUUGUAGCCUGUAAAGGGGUUGUGUACUCUGCUUCUGCAGAUGGGAAAAUCAAAGCAUGGGGAAGAAGAAAAGAAGAAAAAAAAGAAGAAGAAGAAGGAAGAGGGUAUUCACAUUCUUUGUUGGGGAUUUUGGAGGGGCACAAGGAUGUAUCUGUAAAUUCAGUGGUGGUUUCUGAAGAUGGGAAGUGGGUAUAUGGGGGAAAUUCAGAUGGGUUCAUAAUGGGGUGGGAAAAAAUUGGGGAAUCAGUGAGAUGGAAGGUGAUUUGUGAGAAGAGGGCUCAUAAAAUGGCAGUUUUGUGUAUAUGUUUGAUGGGGGAGUUUCUGUGUAGUGGGUCAGCUGAUAAGAGCAUUGGGAUAUGGAGAAGAGAGGCCUUUGGGAGGCUGUGUAACCUGUGGGUGAUAAAUGGGCAUGAAGGACCAAUCAGAUGCUUACAGGCAGCUUCUAAUGGUGUGGGAGGAGGCUUCUUGUUGUACAGUGGAAGCCUUGAUAGAAGUUUGAGAGUUUGGUGGGUUCCUAAAGGUUCUUCUUCUUCUUCUUCUGCCAUGGGAGGAGCUGCUGCUUCUGUUGCAGAGGAUUCUGAGAAAGCUAUCAUCUCCUGUUGAGUCAACUCCGUGAAAUCAAUCGGUUCGGUUCGGCUCAGUUUCGUUUUGCAACCCUUUGUAUGAAGCUCUGGUUGGUUGUUUUUGUUCAAGCCUGCAUUGCUUCUGAAACUUUUUUUCUUUUCAUAGAUGUGAAGAAUGGGAGAGAAUAGGCAAAAGCAUAAUUGGUCUCUUUUUCUUUUUUUUUUUUAUUGUGGGUCAAAUUGUUUUUUCUUUUUUGAAAAAAAAUCAUUUUUUUUG